CAUAGUGUGACGCGUGAAAUCGUUAGGUGAAGGUGAACAACUGGUCAACAACAACCAUAUGUGACAGUGGGUAAUCGGGUAAUCACGGAAGUUCGAAGUUGAAGAUCCACUUGGGAGGUACAGCGCCAUAAUCAUCAUCAACAUGGCUGCCGCAGACCAAGAACCCCACGUCAGCGAAGUUUGUCCUCGUUCCUUCCAAGACAAUAGCUAUAGGGACGGGUUUCUUGGAACUGUGGCUGACUUACAGAAGGCUGGGGUACUGCAGGAUGUCGUUAUUGAAGUCGAGGACCACCAGUUCCCCUGCCAUCGGCUUGUUCUGUCCGCGGCCAGCCCCUACUUCAGGGCCAUGUUUACAAGUGGCAUGGCGGAAAGUCGGCAGGAGACAGUUGUUUUGCAGGGUUUGGAUGCAGGCAUGUUUGAGGAGAUUCUGAGUUACAUCUACACGGGGACCGUCCGUAUGUCCCUGGACAAAGUGCAGCCCAUGUACCAGGCAGCCGACCUCCUCCAACUGCACUAUGUGAGAGACACCUGCAGCAGCUACAUGGUCAUGAGCUUGGCAAGUUCCACCUGUGUGGACAUGUACAAUUUUGCUGACGCCUUCUCUGUGGACAUGGUCCUGAACCGGUGUCGACAGUGGGUCUGUAGGCAUUUUGCUAAGUUUGUCUCCAGUGAAGAGUUCUGCAGGCUGAGUGUGGAUCAGCUGACUGAGAUCAUCAGCCACGAUGAGCUGGAUGUUAAAGAGGAGAUGACAGUGUGGGAGGCUGUGGUGAGAUGGGUGCAGCACAACAGGGAGGAAAGACUACACCACCUACCCAGCAUCCUCCCUCACAUCCGCUUCAACCUGCUGACCUCAGACGACACGGCAGCCAUCUUGGGUCACCCCCUGGUCAGAGAGGAUCCUGAGAGGACUGUUAUCACGAACUUAGUAAAGGAGAGUUCCAACCUACCGAGAAGAGUUGGGAUGGACUCACUGGAAAUGGCUCUUCUUUUCUGUACAAGCUCCAAUGAGAUCCUCUACAUGAACCCUCGUUCAGGGAAAUACAUCAGCUGCAGUUACGAUUGUGAGAGUCUGCGUUCAGCCGAGGCCAUAACAGUUACCAGCAACAAUGAUAUUUACAUCCUGGCAGAAGAACCAGAGGAUCCCGAUCUCUUGUACAUGUUAGAGUACAACCAUGCAGGCAAUAUGUGGGAAUGUGCCAGGCCACCCUCAAUGUAUAGGCCUGAAAAAGACACCAACUUGGGGCUUCACUACAAGUGCCUUGUUGAAGCUGAUGGGGUUUUAUAUUACCUUUAUGUGGUAAGUAGGAGAAUCAGUGCAUCAGUGUGGAUCAGGAAGUACAACUGGCAGACAGACCAAUGGCAGGAGUGUUCCCGGCUAAAACUCAGAGAAGCAGACGUCGAGUACAUGACAACUUUGUCCUGCGGUCCACACCUCUACUUCCUUCAGAACACAGAUUUGCAUCGCUACGACCCAGACCAGGACCGCUGGUGCAAGCUGACUCCACCGAAAGUCAUGCCUCAUCUCUACACAGCUGCCGCACUCGGAGCAGAGAUCUUUUGUGCAGAUCAUGAAUUCACCAAAGCCAUGGUGUACCAUACAGAGUCAGACUGCUGGCAGAUACUUCGGGGCUGGAGAGCAGGACCAAUGUACAUGGACCACACAUUUACUCCCAAUUUCUUUGUCCUGGAGAACCAGCUGUACUUAUUGUUAGAACAGUUUAACGGUAUCUAUGACACGGCAGAAGACUCUCUCAUAUUUGUGUAUGACAGGGCUUCAGAUGCUUGGAGUUCUAGAGGCUUGAGGGCCACCUUGCCUAUCAAGGAUGUAGAUAAGGUGUCAGGACUCCUGUUGCCUGUUGCGCACAUGUACCUACCAUGUCUAAAAGGGGAGGACAAAUAGAGCACAGAAGAUCAACAGGUAAAGUGGCGUUGUGUUGGCAUAAUGGCUAGGGUGGCAUGGCUAACCCAGAACCAACCCAGAGGUCCUGGGUUCAAAUUCUUGACAUACCCCUGAUGUUGUGUCAUUUGAAAAGGCACUUACCAGUAGCACAACUUUGUUUACUCAGUGCAAUGGGACUUCGUUUUUGGAUGUAAAUGGUAGUGAAAUUAGAGUUUGUACUUCACCUUCGAAUAGUGGCAAUACCGUGCUCUGGACAAACUACUGCCGCUAUGGCCUCAAAAGUCUCUGGGACUACCUUAUGUUAACUUUUUUGGAUUUAUAGAAACAUUUAUAUAUAUACAUUUUGCAGUAAAUUUUGAUAUAGAGGUACGAUUAGUUUCAGGUUAGGUUCCGAACAGAAUAAUCAUUUGUGAUUGGUUACAGACCUAUAGUGAUAUGUAGGCUUCAUCUGUAUUUUUCUAUUUCCUUUAGUGUUGUGAUAUCUAGUCAGACCACGUGAAAUCCUGUUAUGUUACAAAUGCAUGCACACAGGGUGCAGAACCAAUCUAACAACAUGGCAGUGUCAAGACCGUCUUAUUUAGUUUGUUUGCUAGUUUAACUGGCUGUGAGUCAUUGUAUAAGUAUUUUUAUUUUUCUAUUCUUUUCCAAAUUGAUCAACAAGUUGAAACUGUUUUUUUGUAUACAAUGGACACUAUCCCUUUAUAACGAUUUAUUAUUUUCUGAUUUGUUAACUUUAUAUUAUCAUAGUUUAGCUUUGAUGGAGGAUGAAGUAGAACAAGCCCGACGUUUUUUUCUCUCUCACUAGCACAUGUUCUUUUUUGCUCUAUGUUUUGUUUAUUAAUUGUAAAUGUACGAAUAAAUAGAUGUCAAAUGCCAAAUCA